GUAGGUCGAUAGCCUUAAUGAGGCUGGACCGGUACUUUUGUACCGGUGGGGCAGAGGCCGGCCUCAAUGCUGCGAGGCCUGGCCGUGCCCUGAACCGUCAAGAUGGACGGUUCAGCCCCAACCGGCGGGCGGCAGCCUCAAGAGCGCCGCCAGGCCCAGACGGUUCUUGUGGAGUGUGAUAGCGACGCUGCUCCUCUUGACCUGAGCGGCGAUGUUGGUUCCGUGGGCCGGUUCUCUGUCAGAGAUGCGGGGGAGGACUGCGCAGCCCUCCUUCUGGACAUCAAGGGCACUGUUUAUAAGGGGUCGAUCAUGUCGUCUACGACUUUUUUUGUUGUAAAUGUUGGAGCUACGGAAGCCAAAUUGGAGGCGAUUAUGAACGACUUUAUGCUUCUACAAGAAGAAACGAACAUCUUCGACGCAGAAACAAUGGUGGAAGGGACGCUUGAUGAUAUCCUCGAUGUCAGCGACAGCGAAUGGGGAGCCGCUCCAAAGGACCGAGAUUCAACUGCUGCACCGAACAGCGGAAAGGCUGCAAAGGGAGGUAAACAAGGAGUUAAGCAGAAGGAUGAGGGUGAUGGCGAAUCAGAGAUGGACAAAUUUAAUGGCGGGGAAAGUGAGGAUGAGUUCAGUCCCACCCCGAAGAAGGCGAAAGGGGGUAGUGGAAGCGGUGGGAAGGGUGCAGGAAAGGGUGGUGGGGGCGGCGCCAAACGGCCGAAGUCGGAGAAGGAAACUGCGCGUCGAGCUCCAGCAGGAGCUGGACGCGGCAGAGGUGCACGGGCAGGGGCAGGAAGAGGCUCCAGAGCAAAGGCCAAGCCUAAAGGCGCCGGUAAGCCCCGCGGGAAGGGUAGAGGUGCAGGGGCAAAAGAGGGAAAGCAGAGAGCAAAGGAAACUUUCAAAGGCAUGGAAGAAGAUGACUAGGUGAGGGAAGCAAGCUCUUUAUGCUGCCAAAAUAGUAUCAGCAUCCGACCCAUAAUCGGGGAUAAAUACAUUUCUUCUUUGGUGUGCUAGUGUCGUCCGACGGCGGAGAUUUAUUGAGGGAAAGGGGUGUAUUAUGUCGAUAGUGCUGCAGCUUAGAUUAGGUUUGACUGCAGGGAUCCGCUUUUUUUUCUUCUUUUUUUUUGCACAGAUCUUUUCUAUCUUGAUUCUUGUAUGGUAUAGUUUUAUGGGUCACCCUUGGUUUUGCAAGGGGGUCACAACAAGGCCACGGUAAGCGAUCGGUGAGGCCCUCAAAGGCCCUAGCAACCCCCUCUGGCAAUAUACCCAACCCUGAGGAGUGGGAGGUCACCACUCUGGUGUGGCUGCACCAAUCAUGCUUUAAAUUUCCUCAAUCGCAAGUUAAUGUUUUUUUUUUUUUUUUAGUUGGUGUGGCCGAUCUUGCCGGUCAUCAGUCGUUUUGAUAUUGCGUUCGCGAGAAAGGAGGGCCAAGAGGGAGUCGUUUGUUUUUUUUUGCCCCCCUACGAUGGCUCCGCGGAAAUCAGGGUCCUCGAGGAAUUUUGUCG